UUGAGUGAGCUGCAUCAGUAUAGAGUGAAGAGAAAGCAUCAGCAGCAUCGACGCAGAAAAGAUAGUCCUGUUUCCAGACAGGGACCAUGGCUGGAGAGAGAGCGAUGUCCCUCUGUUUGCUCUGUGGAUGACAGGCUGCUGAGUGAAGAUCCACUCAGCUUCACUGGAGGCUUCAGGGAGCAAAUGACAAAGGCAGACACCGGAGCCCCUAAGCCUUUACUAACAUUUCAAAACUUUACUGAAUACAUACAUGACUGUUUUUUUAAGAAGACUGGAUUUUGGGGGGGACAACUUCCAUAUUUCCAUUUAUCCGGACUUAUACGCACUGAGGGGAAUUUCACCUGCUGGCUUAAACGGCAAAGAAUGUGGACAUUUUGUCCAUCAGUAGGUAAAAGUGAGAUUAAUGCCAUUUGCUGAUGUUUUUGCUCCUAUUUUACUCAAGUGCACUUUUCUCGGCCAUGAUUGUGCUUUUGAUCGCUCUGUGCUUUACUGAUGGAGCGCUCUCUCAGAUCCGCUACUCCGUCCCGGAGGAGGCAGAGCAUGGCACCCUGGUGGGGAACAUCGCCGAAGACCUGGGGAUUGACCUCACCAAAGUGGCCUCGAGGCGCUUCCAGGUUGUACCCAGCUCUCGGACGCCAUACCUGGAGGUCAAUCUGGAGAACGGCGUCCUUUUCGUUAACGAGAAAAUUGACCGGGAGCAAAUCUGCAAGCAGAGUUCCAGCUGCCAACUUAAUAUGGAGGUGUUUUUGGAAAACCCACUAGAGCUGUUCAGGGUGGAGAUCGAGGUAGUGGACAUAAACGACAAUCCACCAAGCUUCUCGGAGACAGACAUCACGGUAGAGAUCUCGGAAAGCGCAACUCCGGGCACCCGGUUUCCUUUGGAGAGCGCUUUCGACCCGGACGUCGGGUCCAACGCGUUGCGCACUUAUGAUAUCACAACCAACAACUACUUUUACCUGGAUGUUCAGACUCAGACGGACGGAAAUAAGUUUGCAGAGCUUGUCCUGGAGAAGCCGUUGGACAGGGAGCAGCAGGCGGCGCACCGGUACGUGCUAACUGCGGUGGACGGCGGACAGCCGCCCCGGACCGGCACUGCGCUGCUGGUGGUCAAAGUUUUGGACUCUAACGAUAACGUGCCCGUGUUCGAUCAGCCCGUCUACACGGUGAAUCUCUCAGAGAACGUACCGGUAGGCACUCUGGUGAUCCAGCUGAACGCAACGGACCUAGAUGAGGGCCUGAACGGGGAGAUUGUUUACUCUUUCAGCAACCAUAUUUCCAGCCGCGUAAAGGAGCUGUUCAGUAUAGAUGCGCGGACCGGGCGGAUCGAGGUCCGCGGGGAGGUGGAUUAUGAGGAGAGCAACCUCUAUCAGAUCUUUGUGCAGGGAAAGGAUUUGGGGCCAAACGCCGUGCCCGCGCACUGCAAAGUGUUGGUCAAGGUGGCCGACGUGAACGACAACGCGCCGGAAAUCACCUUCAGCACCGUUACAGAGUCAGUCAGCGAAAUAGCCGCUCCCGGUACAGUCAUAGCUCUGCUGAGUGUGACGGACCGGGACGCAGGGGAAAAUGGGCAAAUUCAGGUAGAAAUUCUCGGUGAUGUCCCGUUUAAACUGAAAUCCUCCUUCAGGAAUUACUUCACCAUAGUGACCGACGGGCUCCUGAACCGGGAGCAGGCGGACUCCUACUCCGUAACUGUGGUUGCCAAGGAUAUGGGGACUCCUUCUCUUGCUUCCAGUAAGUCCAUUAGCGUCCAGGUUUCAGAUGAAAAUGACAAUGCGCCCACUUUUACACUAUCCCUUUACGAUGUAUAUGUGACAGAGAAUAACGUACCAGGGGCCUACAUCCACGCUGUGACGGCCCUGGACCCCGACAUAGGGCAGAAUGCCCUCAUCAGUUACUCCAUACUAGAAUGUGAAAUUCAGGGCAUGUCAGUUAAAACCUACGUGUCCAUCAAUGAAGAGACAGGGUACCUUUACGCACUCAGGUCUUUUGAUUAUGAGCAGCUGAAAGAAUUCGCCUUUAUUGUCGGAGCCAAGGACUCCGGAGCCCCCGAGCUUGGCUCCAACGCAACCGUCAGAGUCAUAAUUGUUGAUCAGAAUGACAAUGCGCCCAUAGUGCUUGCUCCCCUGGGAAAAAACGGAACAGCCAGGGAGCACCUUCCCCGUUCUGCUGAGCCAGGUUACCUGGUGACCCGUGUCAUGGCAAUGGAUGCAGAUGACGGUGAGAACGCACGCUUGUCCUACAGCAUUCAGAGAGGGAACGAGAACGGGAUGUUUAGGAUGGACUGGAGGACUGGUGAGCUCAGGACAGCAAGGCGGGUGUCAGCUAAGCGUGACACACACCACCAGUAUGACCUGGUGAUUGAAGUGAGAGACCAUGGUCAGCCUCCAUUGUCCUCCAGCACCAGUGUACUGGUGUUACUGGUAGACAGCAUGUCUGAAGGCCGGGGCAUGGGAGACAAACUGGGCACCAGCAAGGCCAAGGAUGGUGCCUUGGACCUCACUCUCAUCCUCAUCAUUGCCCUCGGCUCUGUCUCCUUCAUCUUCCUCCUUGUCAUGAUUGUGUUGGCUGUGCGCUGCCAAAAGGACAAAAAGCUCAACAUUUACACCUGCCUAACCAGCGACUGCUGCCUAGGAUGCAGCUCCUGCUGCUCAAGGCAGGCUCGAUCACGCAAGAAAAAACUAAGCAAGGCUGAUAUCAUGCUUGUGCAAAGUACUGUUAAUGUCAGCGGGCCUGGAACGGCUCAAGUCCCUGUGGAGGAGUCUGGAAGCUUUGGCUCCCACCACCAAAACCAAAACUAUUGCUACCAGGUCUGUCUGACUCCAGAGUCAGCCAAAACUGACCUCAUGUUCCUAAAGCCCUGUAGUCCAUCUAGGAGCACAGACACCGACCACAACCCUUGUGGGGCCAUAGUGUCAGGGUACACAGACCAGCAGCCUGACAUCAUAUCAAAUGGCAGCAUUUUAUCAAAUGAGACCAAACACCAGAGAGCUGAACUCAGCUACCUGGUGGAGAGGCCGAGGCGAGUCAACAGCUCAGCCUUUCAGGAGGCAGAUCUGGUCAGCUCUAAAGAUAGUGGCCACGGGGACAGCGAGCAGGGAGACAGUGACCACGAUGCUACAAAUCGAGGCCAUUCCUCAGGUGCGGACCUGUUUUCUAACUGCACUGAGGAGUGUAAGGCCCUGGGGCACUCUGAUCGCUGCUGGAUGCCUAGCUUUGUGCCCUCUGACGGGCGUCAGGCUCUAGACUACCGCAGCAACCUUCAUGUCCCCGGCAUGGACUCAGUCCCUGAUACAGAGCGAGGAAGAGGGUUUUCUAGCUCGUUCCGUGUGGACAUACCAGAGACUGCGUGACUUUGCACAAUCGCUCCCCCACAAAAGGCUUCAACAAGAAUCCAGAUCCUCUCCUUUGUUAAAGGGAAGUCCCAUGGCUGCACACACAGGACUAAAAGGAGCCCCUAAACGAGCUGAAUAUCGUUGCUCUGUGCUGGAACUGUGUUCCCAGGUUUUUUAAGCUUCCCUAAUAUUUCGUGUCAGUUUAACAUGGAGAAUGAUGAGUAUGAGGUGGAGGAAAACUAAGCAAUGUAUAGCCUUACUGAGGACUCAUUUUCUCAGCUGGACUGAGAAACUCCCACUCCCCUCUUUAAAAAAUUGAUACAAACCAGAGGUCCAGGUUUGGAGAGAAAAGUUACAGGCAUUCACUGACAUUGUAGUUCCUCAUACUGUGUUCCUGUUUACAGCACUGGUGUGGAAAAAGCAAGCAGAGGACUACAUAGAGACCAUGUAAAUGAGAGAACCCUUUAGGCGUGCUCGCUCACGCAGUGAACUGUACAGCAGAAUCAUUGUGCAUUUAAGAUGCAAUAUCACUGUUUUAAGAUUUUUCUAUUCUGUCUUGUGGUCAGGUGUCUCUGUUACAAUUUGCUUUAACCUGGUUAGAAAAGAAGUGUGCAAGAUAAUGGAUUCUCUGUGUUCUAUUUUUUUAAUUGAGUUAUCCUUUUAAGUGGGUUUUUCUUUUUUUUGUUUACACAUUUUUGAGUCUGAGCCAUCAGGUAGUUUCUAUCAUGUCUGAAAAGUGUUUAUUGUACUAUUUUAAAAACUUUGAGGCUUAAUAUAAAACUCUAUAUAAAUUGAUCUAUAGCUACUUGUUCUGACAGCGUGCGGUUUGUUGCCGUUUUUUUUUUUUUUUUUUUUUUUUUAUCUCAGAAGUCUUACUUUGCUUAAAGUGGCCAUAAAGAAAGCAUCUUUUUAUCCACUGGACACAUAACACAGACUUAACAGCCUUAGCAUUUAAAAAAAAAACUAUCUUAUUUUAUAUUAUUUUUCCACUUUUGAAUAAUGAUUAAAAUAAUUCCUAAUAUUUCAGAGUGAGAUUUGUGUUCAUUAGUGUCACGGUAACCAACACUUCUGGGAUGAGUUCCUAAAACAAUGAAAUGAUCCCAUGUAGAGAGUUGUACACUAGCAUUGGGGUUCAGUAUACAUAUUUGUUUCUUACACAUUACAAACACCAGUAACAGACAAUAAAUGGAAAAUAAAUAAAGCUAUGUCUGGUCUCUUUUGUUUUUGCUU